CUAAAAUAAAAUGAGUUACAUUCACAUACCCAACAAUAAAAUUCAGCUUCUUAGAAACUGAGCGUCACAGAAAACUAAAUUCUUUACUUCAUUCAGUUAGUGUUCGAAAUUUUAUUUUUGUUUUACCGUAUAACUAAAACAUGUCUAUGUUAUUGUAAAUAUACGGAUGAAUGACCUGUCCCUGCGCACACGGGGUUACUUCAAGUACUUAACGAACUGUUCGGCAAAUAAGAGCGGAAAAUAUUACUGAUUCUAUCAACUUGAUUUCGACAUUGGGCAGAUUUUGGCGGUAAAAAGUAGUGCAUUCGUUAUGUUAGCUUGGACCGAGCCAUCACAUAAACCACCAUGUCUGAUUAUGGAACCAAAGUAUUUAAAUGGGUUCACUUCAACAUCUCGACUACCGAUCAAUAUCGUUUUGCUUUCGUUUUUUGUUAUUAUUAUUUUAAUUUCUUGAGCGGAUAUGUUCAUACCAAUAUUUCUAUGGAAGCCUUGGAGUUUGUUUGGGAUUUUGACUCUUUUUUGUUUGGGUCGUGAUACUGAUGUUUCUUUGAGCCUAAAAUAGUAUACACUGACUCUAGGCCUUAAACAUGCGUUUACUCGUUCACUUACGUCUUUAGUUUUGCUGCCAUUUAGUGAUUUUAUCAGAAGAGAACGGCUUUUGUUUGUAACAUUUGUUUGAGUUACCUUAGGUUUUGAGUUAAUUUGGUUUUUAUCAUGCUUUUUUAAAAUGGUACAAUUGGUUAUUUCCUAAACACAAACCCUGCCUUCUGAUAAUACUUUCUUGAUUAAGCUCGACAACUGUUUUAGUUAAAAGAUUUUCAUAGAAAUAUUUUAGAAACACGUCACUGAGUUUGUAUUUUGUCUCAUGUCUCAUAAAAGAAGUGUUUCUUGAUCAUAUGUUGGCUUUGAUUACCUCGAAGGUUUUUAAAAAUUUCACACUGUGACUGUGUUAGCUUAUGCAAUGUCUGUAAUGGUUCUGUCGAAGAUAAAAUGCAGCCAAAUUUGAAAAGAGGUUUAUGCUUCUUGGCAACAUCGAAAAUAUGUCGUUGUCUCUGUCGUCAAACUAUGUUUGUCUCAACAGCAUGUAUGACAAAUCUAUUUGCUUAAUUUUGUGGGCUGUACUUGCGAAAUUUGUACAAAUAUCGUGCAUCACUAUUUACGAAUCACUGAAAACUACUCUCAAUAUUUUCAGUUACGUUUUCAGUCAAAGAUUAAUGGUUUUAUGAUAAGGUAUCAGUUGAAACACAUCUGCAGAACAAGGAACAAGGUGUUGCUGUAAAAGGUCAUGAGGUCAAAAAUAUGGAACUUAGCGAAACGCCUAAACUUGCAGAGUUUAAGAGAUAGCUGUUAAAGAGGAAAAGUUACAAGAAUUUUAGCACUUUAACUGGAAGUUUAGCUAAAGUAAACAAAACAGGCCACUGUUGUGCAACACAACAACGUAUGUCGAUUUGUUAGACAAAAGCAGGAUAAAACAUAUUUGAAAACAUUUGAUGGUGUAUGGAGUGAUUAAACGCAAACAUUACAUGUGUUUUUAUAUUGCUUGUAGUGGUUGAUCAUGACUUUCUAAGUUGGCUAAAACUAGUGCUAUAAGAUUUUACCAGAUAUGAUUCAGAAAAGAUAACCAUAACGGAGUAAUUUAUUAUCUAUUUUACGGAUAGUAUGAUGUACUUAUCAACUAUCUUGGUUGUGUCUAUGGUUAAAUAACAAUUGAAUACUUGUUAUUCUCAUUUUCCGUGUUCCUCACUAAUUGUUUUACUGUCGGCUCAUCCUUUAAUAUGUUGUUAAAAGUUUUGUUUAUGUUGUCAGUUAUUCUUACAGUAUAUAGCCAAGCCAGAAUAUUAACUUUUCUUACUUGCCAGUGGGAGGUUGCUCGUGAGAUCCAACCAUAAGAUAAGAGAACAGUGGUACUAAUCUAGUCCAAGUAUUGAUUAGCUCUCUUAGACAAUAUCAAAUGCCAAUUAUCUUCGACCAAACGACGGCUCGCUAAAUGUAAGAUAAUGGCCGAGAUUAACACUACACGAAUAUUGGUCUAGGAUGCAGUUUCUUACUCUCACCCAUCCGAUAGCUGGAGUAGAAAACAACUUAACAAGCAGAUAACGCCUAAUUAUAAAGUUAGUAACUCAUACAACAAUAUUUAGCAAACCCCUGGUCACAUUAACAAAGUUAGGAAAUUGAAAUAUGAGCACGAUGCGUCACAAGUGGAAGAGAACUGAAUAAUUGGUCCGUAAUAAAUUGACAAUAAUUUUGGAAAGGUAAAAUCCAGUACAAUAAUUUCUAAGUCAAACAAAAGCUCACGAAGAAAAAAAUACAAGAAUGUAGUAGUAUUUAAUGAUUAUAUGACGGAAACAUAAAUGAUAACUUAAAAUGAGACCGUUUCAAAAGUUCACCUUUGAUUUAUAUUUGUCACAAUAUAGUAGUUUCGCUAAAUGAAUAGGUGCUAACAAUUUUUGACGUAUAGUAAACACGAGUAGCAGAAUGUAACAUUUGUCGUCUAUAAUUAAGUGAAAAUAACAUGACUUUCUUUCGAAAAUAAAAACGCAACUUCUUAAAAGUCCUUGAAUAAUUGAGAUCAUUAGACAAGACUUACAUUAUAUUUUCACUUAAAAACACCAACGAUUUGUAAUGGUAGUGAUUACGUUUAAAGCAACAAGAGUUAUUUAGUGUCUUUAAGGUUUAUAAACGUCGAUAAUUUUUUAAUUUUAUACCAUUCACAUAUAUCUACCAAGUAAAAGCUUUACUGUGAAAAAUGUUUACAGAAAGAAUGGAACCGAGCACUGCUGGUUUUACACAGAGACCCGAAAAAUACCGUUAUCAUGGCUGAUUUACAAGAUACGGAAUAUGAGACUUUAGACCUACCUGAUACAAAAAUAAUCAUUCCAUUAAAUUCUUUCAAAGUUUGUCGAAAACAUAUUGUUUCUGGUCACGCAUCAAUAUCUAAUGAGAAUGGUCAUCCUAACCAGAAGCAUUCUUUGAGCACUGUUAAAAAUGCCAUUCCAUGUAACCAAAUCCAUCUAAGUUCGCGAUUUUUAUUUGGUAAAAAGCAGUUGUGGCUGGGUUUUACAUCUCUGUUUGACCAAGAUAUAUGGUAUUCAUCUUUGAAAACUUUGGUAACAAAGCACAGAAACAAAAAGAAUACUUUAAAUGGUCCCGAUUUACUACGAGCAUCUGCAUUAAGUUUAUCCCAAACAUCGGAGUUGGAUUUACUUGCUUCAGCCCUGCCAAAUAUCUUAGAUAAUGAAAUAUAUGAAAGUGCUUCUGUUCAAGAUACAUUUUCUGUCUACAUAAUUCAUACAGAAAAAUCAAAAGAUUUAGGGUUGUCUGGUCGUUACUUACUACGUAUAAAAGAAAAUGCAUUUGAACUACUUGAUCCGGACACAUAUUCAAUAGUAAAAGUAUGGCCCGUCAAAUAUGCGCGCAAAUUCGGUGUGUAUACCAAACGUUUUUAUUUAAUAACUGGAAGUGGAUGUGAAGAUGGUCGCGGAUUGUUCAUCUUUCUAAUAGAACAUGCUGAUAAAUUCCAAUCAAGACUAUUUCGUCAAAUGAAACAAUUAACUAUGCAGUCUCAGUUAUCUAGACGCGUUACCGACUCUAGCAAAUGGAUAAUAGAUCAAGAGAUUAAAAAGGAAUCUAGUGAAUUUCACUUAGAUGAAACAAAUCAUUGUUGGUUUUCGUCAGAGCCUAGAAAAAAGAAAAAUAUUCUAACGUCUCUCAACUCAAUUGAUCCGUUGUCGAAAACUAAACCACGUUCCAACUCUGUUAAUGAAUUUCUAUUACAAAAUAUAGAAUCAAAUAAUUUACAUCAAAGGCAAAAUUCUUCAAAUAUGUUACCAAAAGAAAUCUCUGUCUCAUUAGCUUAUGAUAGCGAUGCAAAAUCUUCAUCAUCAUCAUGGAUAUUUCCAGAGGAAAACUUCAUAAUAACGUCUGGUAAAUGUUUUGCUGAACGUUCAUGUCAAACUAUAUUUGAAGUAAAUACAGCAGAGCAGUUAAAACAUUCUAGUAAUGUUAAUUCACCACGAGUAAAUGUAGUAAAACAACAAAUACAAGAAAAAACCAUGAUUCAUAAUGAUUAUAGUUCUCAAGAAACAUUCAUUUCAGAAACACUGUGCGAACGUGAAGAUGAUAAUGUUUUUCUAGAAAAAGAAGAGGAAGAAGAUAAUUUAAGCGAAGCUUCACAACCCGUUUAUGCUAAUGCUGAACAAAUCACCAAUACGAUGUUCAACACAAAAUAUUCCAAUAAUCAUAAUCAAAAAUUACUAACAAAUAGUGGAAGCAAUGAGGAUGAAACAACAGUGACAUCAUGCUCAAUGAAUGUGAACUCACCAGUGUCAGCAAUAAGCGAUACACCAUCUCUGUUAACGUCGUCAUCAUCUACUUUAAUAAAUAAACCAGUUAAUACUUCGUGUUCAUAUACAAAAAAUUGGAAACUUGGUUACUUAAUUGAACCAAUAAUGGAAAGAGAAGAACAAAACUCACAUAACUCAUCUAUAUCCGUUGGUAAUGAAGAAUGUAAUACAGCUUAUAAAGAAGAAUGUGAUGGUUUAGUCACUUCAUCAACACCAGAUAAUGAUAUAGAUAUAAAAAAGAUUAGCAAUACUUGUCUUAGUAAAUCACCGGCUGAUGAAUUAGAAAAUACAGAUGACGAAAACGAUUCGGUUUGUGAAAAUGUUCAGUUAACAAAAGAAUUUCAAAACAUUUUAGAAGACGUAAAAUUUUAUCGAUUGGUUUCAAGAUCAGCUACUUGGGAUGGAUGGAUGAAAUUGAAGACAAAUACAAAACAAGAAGUUACGUCACAGAAAGUUAUUGUACAAACAGAUAACAACAUUGAAAAUGACAAUAUUACUACAAUUAUUACUAAUACUAACGAUCAUCACGACAGCCCUAAAAUGAAAGAUAAUUCACAUGUUGUUGUGAUGACAGCAUUUUGAAUUGAAUAACGGUGGUGUAAUUGGUAAUGAGUAAACUAACAGUUAUUUUCUUAUUAAUUUUACCCAUCAACUAUAUGUUGUUCAUUAUAAAAACAUACUUAUGAAAUGGAAGAUUUUUCAUUUCAUUGUAGGUACUCUCAUGUGAUUAACAGUUGUAUACAAAACGAAAAUAUUUUCCUGGGAAUUCAUUAGUGUAUGGUUUGAUUUAUUUAAAAACACCUAAAUUUUGUUGCGCACAAGAUUAUGAAAUUAAUGAUAAAUUCAAUGAAAGCUUGUUAAUAUGAUUAGGAUUUAUUAAAUGCAAAGUUAUAAUGAUCAAAACCAAGUUAUAAUACAUAUUUCAUAACAUUUUUAUAACAGAAUAUGAAAUGAGACUCUAGAUUCAAUGUAAUAUCUUCAAUCGUGAUCAUUUUUUUGUCAAUCAGAAUUAAUUCAAUGCUUUCUAUGGAGUAUAAUGCUUUUCCAUUUUAUCUUGUUUUGAUUCCGUAGACAACUAUUAGGUUCUGUUUUUUAUCUUUCCAAAUAACUUCGUUCAGUUAAUAACUUUUAGAUAAAGCAGUUUUUGAAUUCCAGAUAUACCAAUUGUUAAAAUAUGAAAAACAGAUAGUUAUUUGGUAGUGUAACUGCACUAAGAAAUAGAGUAAAACUGGGAGUUAUGAGUUAAAGAUAAACAAAGGCAUCAUAGAAAGUUUUAAAUUGUGUGUAGGGAAGAAAGGAAAAUACAUGCAACAUGCAUGUCUACGUCACUGUAUUUCUUUUAUCUAGAGUUCAGAAGUAAAGAAAUCAAAUAUGAACAAGUUAUUUUCUAUUUUUUGAAGUUCAGAAUUUAUGACAAAAAUUUCAAACCCGAUGUGGAUUUUAAAUUAAAAUACCUCCCUUAAAUGUAGAUUCCACUUCACUCAUCAUCUUAAAAUGUGACGAUUUUGGUCAGUUGUUUCACAAGCAGAACAUAGCCGUUUCCUAUUCAGUUAAUUACAUAGUACCUAUUUUAUACUUCUUUGUAUUAUUAUUAUCUUGGAAAACGGAUAUUGAAUAUUUCACGUCAAUUAUGUGUGAACUAUCUUUUUCAUCAUAUGAUUAUCUUAUGUAUUUUCUAAUUUACGUUUAAGAAGCUUAUAAGUAGUCAGAAAAUCCUUUCAACCCCCAGUUUAACCUGUAGUUCAAUUCUGGACCAUAUAAACUGACUGAAGCACAGUUGAAACUUGACGAGAAGGCAAAACAUAAGUACAGGUUUCAAGGUUUUCAAAGCUUUGGAAAUCUAACUACAGUCAUACACCUCGCUAUGAACUUUAAAUUUAUAUUUUUAACUACUUGCUAGUAACAUGUCACAUUGGUUAGAAUUUCCAGCUCGAUUUAAAGAUAAUGGGUAAAAGUUUUUUAAACAUCUUGAUAUUACUUUUAAAGAUAUGAAUUUAUUCUAAGUAAAAACUUAGUGAAUUAACUGCCAACAUUCUGUUCACGUAAAUGUUUUGAUGUUCCGUUUAUGUAUUCUAAUACAUCAUAGUCAUAAAUAACAUUUACUCCAAAGCAAUAUAGAUG